AUGCGAUGGCGGAAGUUCCUGUGGUUGCGUCACUUCCGUCGCGUUUCUGGGCAGUGCCAAGAUGGAUGCUCCGCGGGCCCGGGAGCAGCUCCGGCGGCGAUACCUGUUCCCGCCGGACACCGAGGCCCCGCUGGACAGCGAGGGCUACGCCGGGCCGGAAGCCUCUACAGCUGUUGAAAAAAAGGAGAAGCCUCUUCCAAGACUUAAUAUCCAUUCUGGAUUCUGGAUUCUGGCAUCCAUUGUUGUGACCUACUACGUUGAUUUCUUUAAAACCAUUAAAGAAAACUUUCACACUAGUAGCUGGUUUGCUGUGGGCGGUGCCCUGCUGCUCAUCAGCCUGUCGAUCGCAUGUUACUGCAUCCUCUACCUGGAGUGGUGCCGUGGGAUUGAGGAUUACGAUGUCAGGUAUCCCACCCUGAUACCUGUCACGACUGCUACUUUUAUUGCGGCCGGGAUUUGCUUCAACGUUGCUCUGUGGCACGUGUGGUCCGUCCUCACCCCGCUGGUGUUGUUUACCCAGUUUAUGGGCAUUGUGAUGCUUAUCUCACUCCUUGGAUGAUUUCUAAAGGUUUUAGAGCGUAUCCGUGUGAUCACUUCCACCUCCAGCCGGCGGCAAGCACCGCAGAUGUAAUGGAAAUGCUACAGUGUGUUUUUGCGUCUAGAGAGUGAGUGGUUUCCUGGGAAAAAUUAUAACUUUGCAGUCUGGUUGGAAUCAGAAUAAAUUCGAGCUCAUUUGCCUAUUCUUAAUAAUUAAUGGAUUGUUCAAAUUCAAAAUAGAAAUAUCCUGUUCAAAAUAGAAGUAAUUAGCUUGCAGUGUUAGUCUGUUUGAAUCAUUGAAGAAAGUAUUGGUGUAAAUAUUUAAGCAGCGUUUCAUUAUAGGUACAUGAGUCCUCCCCAGAUUGCAGAUAAACUGUUCACUCUGGUCGUGUACGAUCUCUGGGUGUAUAUAAAGGAAUGAUCGUGUCCUGUGCCUUUAACCCAGCUUCAGCAAUUACUACGUAUCUCAUUUUUAUAACAGUCCUGUUAGGUGAGAGGACCAAUUGAAAGCAUUUUAUGUGUUCCUAUCACUUUAGAUUUUAUCAUGUGUAAAUUACUGGGUUUCUAGCAUUUGUUUAACAUAAAACACUUUUAAUCAUUUUUAAGUAUGUAUAAUUUUUUCCUUAAU